AUGGACACUCCCAAACACGGCUACUCGAUCCCACUAGUUUAUUCCGAUGCCUAUCCCUACCAGUGCCUUUUCUACGCGAGAUCCCAUCGCCAGGAACGUCGUCGUCGGGCCAUUGAUGAUCCGCGGCUCAUUGCCAGAUCCGGCGCAAUAUCUGUCUUGGUGCCGGCCGCAUAUUGUUCCCGGAUCAAGUUCAUUAUAACCUCAGAGCAUGUUUUAAUUGAAAGAUCCAUUCUCCCAGGGACCCCAGCAUUUGGCCGCUGGGGACGCACAAGUUCCACCAUGCAGUUUGCCUUACCUCCUCGGAGGGAUAAUCAUAUUCUCCCAUAUGCGCGAUCUCCCCGGUUCUCGCUACAACGCAGGAAACAGCUCAAAGCGGUCGCAAUCUUGAUCUUUGCGCUCCUUGUCGUCUUCUUCCUCUUAUCGCAGCUCUUUUACGCGAGCACUGGGACAAGCGCAGUGCCAAUUAAAACCUCAAAUAUCGUCAUCGUAACCGUUCUGGACCGCGCAGUCCUCAGCGACGAGUACAUUCAGAAGAUCAUUAGGAACCGAGAAGAUUACGCCAAACGACACGGCUACGGGAACUUCUUUGCGAACCUGUCCGAUUACGAGACCUCGCUGGAUAAUGCGCCGCGAAGCUGGGGCGUUGUUCCUGCCGUCCGUCAUGCGAUGGCGACCCAUCCCCAUUCGAAAUACUUCUUUCACCUCAGCACUCAUGCGCUGAUCAUGAAUCCGAGCAUAUCUCUAGAAUCUCAUCUUCUCGAUGGCAGUCGACUUGAGUCGUUGAUGCGCAAGGAUGUCCCCGUUGUGCCUCCCGACAGUAUAGUCAAGACCUUUUCGCAUCUAAAACCUCAGGACAUCGACCUUAUCGUCAGCGCAGAUGGUGAGGACUUGAGCUCGGGGAGUUUCGUGAUCAAGCAGGGGGAGUUCGCUCGCUUCUUCCUCGAUAUCUGGUUCGACCCGUUAUACCGCACUUACAAUUUCGCGAAAGCAGAAACACACGCUUUGGAUCAUAUCGUCCAAUGGCAUCCCACAAUUUUGGCCCGUUUAGCAUUAAUCCCCCAACGAAUCAUCAAUGCCUACAGCAGGGAUUCCUUGGGCGCAUCCACGGAUGGCACGUACAAGGAAGGUGACCUGGUACUCCGUCUGGCCGGAUGCGACACGGAUACGAAACGGAACUGCGAGAAGGAAUUGGAGCCCUAUUACCGUCUGUGGAGUAGGAUAGUAAAGAGAUGA